AUGCCGGCGGCGGUGCGACCCCCGAACUCCUCCGGGCCCCGCGCUCAGCGCCCACCUACCCGGCGCCUAUCGAUCGGACCCCAGAGCCCCGCCCUCCCCAAGCUUGGCACCCUGAUCCGCGCCCAGACCUCCGCCCAGGACCCCACUCCCGGACCUCGGUGCCCUUCGCUCGCCCACCAGAGCCUCGCCCCCUCCCCGCGCCAGGCUCAGAUCCCCACGUCCUGCGCUAGGCUCCAGCGUCUGACUCUGCGCCCUCCCCGCGUUCGGCCCCCAGCGCCUGGAGCCUCGCUCCACACCCUCUCCGUUCUCCCUCGCUCGCCGCUCUCGGCCGCCGCCCCCCGCGCUCUCUCCACAGCCCACCCCUUCGCCCACCCCCACCCCCACGUCCCUCUUCGGUCACUUAGUCCCUUCUUCCUGGCUGCGAUUGCCAGCGGCGAUAACCGAUUCCUUGUCUCAGGCUGGAGGGGCCCACGGGGCCGCGCCACCCAGCACCCAGUCUGCCUUCCCGGGCGCGGGGCACUGCGGGUUGGGGCUGUGGGGUGGAUACCCAAGGUUGGCGCCUGUGGCCCUGAUCAUUUAGACUCCCUAGGGUCUGGAGCUGAGCCCACCUGCAUCCAGGCACCAAAACGGCUCACCAAAGCACCACCUCACACUGGCAUGGCUUCCAACCAUGCGACUCUGAAGUCCCAGAGAGCAGGGUCUGCACUGGAGGUGGCUGUUUUUUUAGCGAUGAUAUAUGGCACUUGUACAAACCAAGAUCUGCCCGUGAUCAAGUGUAUUUUAAUUAAUCAUCAGAACAAUGGUUCAGCAAUGGGACCAUCAUCACCAGACUCCACGGUGUCAAGGUCAACAGAAGACCUUGGGUGCUCACCAAGGCCCCAGAGCACAGGACCCAGGUAUGAAGCAGCUAAGGUAGAAGUUGACGUGUCUGCAUCCAUUACCCUGCAAGUGAUGCUCAGCAUCGCCAGGAACAUUUCCUGCCUCUGGAUCUUCAAACAAAGUUCCCUGGACUGCCAGCCAAGCUUUGAUUUUCAAAACAGGAGCCUUGUUUCCAUGGUCAUUUUGAAAAUGACAGAAACUCAAGCUGGAGAAUACCUGCUUUUUAUUCAGAGCGAAGCAGCCAAUUACACAAUAUUGUUUACAGUCAGUGUACGAAGCACACUGCUUUACACAUUACGAAGACCUUACUUCCAAAGAAUGGGGAGUCAGGAUGCUCUGCUCUGUACCUCCGAGGGCGUCCCGGAACCUGUGGUGGAAUGGGUGUUCUGUGAUUCACAGAGCGAGAGCUGUAAAGAAGAAAGUCCCGCUAUUGUUAAAAAGGAGGAGAAAGUACUUCGCGAAUUAUUUGGAACAGACAUUAGGUGCUGUGCAAGAAAUGAAUUGGGCAGAAAAUGUACCAAGCUGUUCACAAUAGAUCUAAAUACAACUCCUCAGUCAACACUGCCAGAGUUAUUUCUCAAAGUGGGGGAGCCACUGUGGAUAAGAUGCAAAGCCAAGUAUGUAAAUCAUAGAUUCGAGCUCAAAUGGCAACUAGGAAACAAAACCCUAACCGAGGACAGCUACUUUGAGAUGAGUACCUAUUCAACAAACAGAACUAUGAUACGGAUUCUGUUUGCUUUUGUAUCAUCAGUGGGAAGAAACAACACUGGAUCCUACACUUGUUCCUCUUCAGAGCAUCCCAGUAAAUCAACUUUGGUUACCAUCGUAGACAAGGGAUUUAUAAAUGGUUCCAAGUCAAAUGAAGACUAUGAAAUUGACCAGUAUGAAGAGUUUUGUUUUUCUGUCCGGUUUCAAGCGUACCCACAGAGCAAAUGUACCUGGUGGUUUUCUCAGAAAUCCUUUCCUUGUGAACAGAGCAGCUCUGAUGAUGGAUACAGCAUAUCUAAGUUUUGCAACCACAGACACCAGCCAGGAGAAUAUAUAUUCCAUGCUGAAAAUGAUGAUGCUGAGUUCACAAAAACAUUUACGUUGCAUAUAAAAAGGAAACCUCAAGUGCUGGCUGAGACAUCAGCGAGCCAGGCCUCUUGUUCCUCCGAUGGGUACCCACCGCCAUCUUGGACCUGGAAGAAGUGCUCAGAAGAGUCUUCCAACUGCACAGAAGAAAUCACAGAAGGGGUCUGGAAUAAGAAGACUCACAGAAAAGUGUUUGGACAAUGGAUAUCCAGUAGCACCCUCAACAUCAGCAAGGCCGUGAUGGGUUUCCCGGUCACGUGCUGUGCAUACAAUUCCAUGGGUUCUUCUUGUGAAACAAUCCUAUUAAAGUCAUCAGGUCUUUUCACUUUCAUCCAAGACAACAUCUCUUUCUACGCAACAAUUGGACUCUGUCUUCCCUUUAUUGUGGUUUUAACUCUGCUACUUUAUCACAAGUACAAAAAGCAAUUCAGGUAUGAAAGCCAGCUGCAGAUGGUACAGGUAACUGGCUCGUUGGAUAACGAGUACUUCUACAUUGACUUCAGAGAUUUUGAGUAUGAUCUCAAAUGGGAGUUUCCAAGAGAAAAUUUAGAAUUUGGCAAGGUGCUGGGAUCCGGUGCUUUUGGAAAAGUGAUGAAUGCAACAGCCUAUGGGAUUUGUAAAACUGGCGUCUCAAUUCAGGUUGCAGUUAAAAUGCUGAAAGACAAGGCAGACAGCUCUGAAAAGGAGGCUCUCAUGUCGGAGCUGAAAAUGAUGACUUACCUGGGAAGCCAUGAGAAUAUUGUGAAUCUGCUGGGAGCAUGCACCUUGUCAGGACCCGUCUACCUGAUUUUUGAAUAUUGUUGGUACGGCGAUCUUCUCACCUAUCUCAGAAGUAAAAGAGAAAAAUUCCACCGGACAUGGACGGAGAUUUUUAAGGAACACAAUUUCAGUUUUUAUCCCACUUUCCAAUCACAUCCAAAUCCCAGUAUGCCUGGGUCAAGAGAAGUGCAAAUACAACAGGAUUUGGACCAGAUGUCAGGGCUCAAUGGGAAUUCGUUUCAUUCGGAAGAUGAAAUUGAAUAUGAAAACCAAAAGAGGCUGGAAGAAGAAGAGGAUUUGAAUGUACUUACUUUUGAGGAUCUUCUUUGCUUUGCAUAUCAAGUUGCCAAAGGGAUGGAGUUUCUGGAGUUUAAGUCGUGUGUUCACAGAGAUCUGGCUGCCAGGAAUGUGCUGGUAACACAUGGAAAAGUAGUGAAGAUCUGUGAUUUUGGAUUGGCUCGGGACAUAAUGAAUGACUCCAACUACGUUGUCAGGGGCAAUGCCCGCUUGCCUGUGAAGUGGAUGGCUCCUGAAAGCUUGUUUGAAGGAAUCUACACCAUUAAGAGUGAUGUCUGGUCGUAUGGAAUAUUACUAUGGGAGAUAUUCUCACUGGGUGUGAAUCCUUACCCUGGAAUUCCAGUGGAUGCAAACUUCUAUAAACUCAUUCAGAGUGGAUUUAAGAUGGACCAGCCAUUUUAUGCUACUGAAGAAAUAUACUUUAUCAUGCAGUCCUGCUGGGCUUCGGACUCGAGGAAACGGCCUUCCUUCCCGGACCUGACUCUGUUUCUUGGGUGCCAGCUGGCAGAUGCAGAAGAAGCGAUGUAUCAGAACACGGAUGGCCAUGUCUUGGAACGUUCUUCCAUCUACCAAAACAGACGAUCUUGCAAUUCAGAGAUGAACUCAGGGGUACCUUCUGCACAGCCUCAGGUUGGAGAUUCAUAG